AUACUGUCAACUAAGCCCAAACGAAAAGGCACAUCAGCGCCACCACCAUUGCGGCGGGAAUAUUCCGCAUAACUGAAACUCAUUUGAAAUGACCGUUAUUUUGAUACACGGAAAUAAAUCUCGUGGUACGUCUGUUUGUCUGUGGUGUUAGUGCCACUAGUUGAGGAAAUUAUUUACAAAUAGCUGUUUUGUUUGUUAUGCUAUGUUUUUAGCAGCAGGAUAAAUAUUCAAUUGAACACUCAUUAUACGUUUUGAAAUUGUUUCUGAAUAUUUUUUUUCAUUCGUGAUCAGAAAUCGGAAGAAGCUGCUGAGCAUAAUCGACCAAAAAUGGUAAAAAAAAGAUAAAAGUCGAAGCAAUGAGAUGCGAUGAUUUAUAGUUUGGAAAACAUAAAAGCAACUUUAUACGGGUUUACACGUUUACUAAUGUGUGUAGGUGAAAAGUUAUUUAUCUCUAUCACGGAUCGAUUUUUUUCAGAUUUCAAGCAGAUUUUCCCGGGUUUUCAGUUGCAGACUUUUUCAAAAAUAUCUGGCAUCUCUGGCAAGAUGCAUUGUUUACAAUUUUGGGUUUAAUUUAAAGCAUCUAUUCGAUUUUUCGACGACGACAAACCUGGCAAUUUUCUAGUAAAUAUUUCGGUUUACGCUUACCACGCAGUUUUAUAUCAAAAAUUAUUAGAAGAACGUUUUAUACAAGCAUGUCUGAGUCAAGCUUCAUGACGAACAAAUAAUGUGAACUGUAGAAAAGUGAAGAUUAGAGUUGAAUCAUUCAGCGUUGUCUUAAAAUUUCUCUGAGUUGAAAAUGGCAAAAAAAUUGGAAAAUAAUGAACCCUACAGAGGUGCCGUGCUAGCCGAUGAGCUUCAAGCGCUGUUAAAAGCCUGCGUGGACAUUGGUAUCGAAGAAGUUAGGCGACAGGGUGGCCGCAUUGAGUCCCUGUUCUACGAUGUCCAACAGCAAAUGUCACGCUAUGGGGACUUUCCCGAACGAAAACUGUAUAGAUUACAAACUCACUACUUAAAAACGGAGCGAGAUUUUCUUGGUAAAAAGCUUAAUCCAUACCCACCAGAAGCAAGGCAAUUGUGGGGAACGACAGAACAUGAUGCUGCUGCUCCCGUUAACGAUAAACGUUGGUCCAAUUUAGUGCAGAAAGUCCAGAAACGUAAUCAGAGCCCGUCGUGCGUGACUGGGAAAGAAGCCAAGGAAAUUGUCCGUCAAGCUCUGCAACGAAAUUUGGAGAAUCUUUCCGAAAACGACCAAGACAAUGUUUUCGCACAAAUUCUUUCCGAGUUGAAAAACAAGAGUUUGUUCCUAAACCGGAAUGUUGCAGUCUUAAAGCUGGCGUAUCUAAGAUUAAAAAACCAAUUUCAAAAAGGGAAAGCACGCUACCUUCUAUCAGAAUCUGCUCAACUGUGGCCUUUAAAUGGGCCAGAGCAAAUCAUUAUCAAAACAGAAACUUCUCGUUCAGAAGAUGAAAACGAACCACUUUCGCAUAUGUCGGAGAGUAGUCAACGGGAACCGUCGCCCGAACUACUGGAAACAGUAGUAGAAACUAAAAACGAAUGUCGAAUAUGCCAAGGGCGUCUUCUCGAAGAAUGUAAAGAUUUAAUACAAGAUACGUACAAUAGUCAGACAUACGGGAAAAUCAUCCAGGAAACCAUCCAAGUACAGAUCCCCUGCGAUGGCCAAGCCAGCAGUAAAAUUUGCCUAGAAUGUUCCAACUUUGUGGAAAAGAUGUUGCUCUUUGUUCAGCAAUGUCGGAAGGCUUGCAACAUUUUAUUUCCUUUAAAAUUUGAUGAAAUAUUCGUAGAAGAAAAAACGAACGUCGCUGUCGAGGAGGACACCAUUGCAGAAACUGACACAAAGAAAGGCUUUAUCGAAAACUCGGAUCCAGCAAUAGAUUACGAUUCAGACGAAGUAUUUUCUCCAGAUCGAACUCCAUCUCCUGCAGUUGUUAUUUGCGAGCUAAAAGCUGAUAUGGAUGAGGAAAGCGAACAGAAAAUAAUUACCACUGAAAAGAAGAACCCUGAAAUUGGAGAAAGGUGUACUGAGGAAACCAAUUCCAAUAAGCAGGAAUACCCUGAAAUUGAAGUGAAGAGUGCUGAGGAAACCAUUUCUGAUGAGCAGAAAUAUCUCGAGUUUGUGAAAAGCCUUCCUGCCAAAGCUAAAAAGCAACAAUGUCAUCUGUGUGGUAAAACUGUGAACAGGUUGGUUAACCAUUUAGCCAGUCAUGGCCCAGCCGAGUUUCAGUGCGAUCUUUGUCCACAGAAAUGCUCCAAUAAACGCAUGCUACAAGUACACAUGAAUAGGCACACGAAAAGGAUAGCCUAUACCUGCCGGGUAUGUGGGACUGUUUUUUACCAUCACGCUUCUUGGAGUCAGCACGAGAAAGCUCACUAUGCUAAAUUUAAUUGCGAUAAAUGUGAUGCAGUUUAUAAGAGGAAAGCCGCGCUGCAGCAACACAUCAAGCAUAUACAUAGUGGUAUUAAGCAUUUGGCUUGUUUGAGCUGUUCAUUCAAGACGUUCAUUAAAUCCCGUCUGUUAAAUCAUGUGCGAAGCCUUCACACCAGCGAACGACCGUAUCGGUGUACUUUCUGUGAGACUACAGCAAACAGUUCUAACAGCUAUUAUACUCACUUCCAGCGACACAAAAAGAGCGGCGAAGCAACAGAAUAUUCAAUGCUUUGCGCUUACUGUGGGCAACGCUUCAACAAGGAUGCGGCUCUCGAGAAGCACAUCUGCAAGAAACAUCCAGAUGUGGCCGUUGUAGUCUGAAUAUCUAUGUAAGGUUGUCGAUUUGUUCGAAAUACAUGUCGAUCUUAUAA